AUGGAUCACUCCAGAGAUCCCUGCCCCUGGGUUGCCCUGAGCGACUUUGGUGGUGCUUUCUGCAUGGGUGCAAUUGGUGGUGCUGUAUGGCACGGUGUAAAGGGAUUCCGAAACAGCCCCUACGGAGAGCGUCGGAUAGGAGCCAUCACAGCCAUCAAGGCCCGCGCGCCCGUUCUCGGUGGUAACUUCGGUGUAUGGGGUGGUUUGUUCUCGACAUUCGACUGCGCGAUCAAGGGUAUUCGAAAGAAGGAGGAUCCUUACAAUGCCAUUAUUGCUGGAUUCUUCACUGGUGGCUCUUUGGCUGUGCGUGGUGGUUUCAAGGCUGCUAGGAACUCCGCUAUCAUGUGCGCCGUUUUCCUUGCUGUUAUCGAGGGUGUUGGUAUUGGAUUCCAAAGGAUGAUGGCGGACAACACAAAACUCGAGCUCCCUCCUGCUCCCCAAGAAAAGGCCGUCGCCUAA